GAUAGAGAGCUAAAGAAGCCCGUGUCUGCUGCUUGCCAGCGCCCACCUAUUGAAAUGUGUGUCCCCCACUCUGUCGCCGCUGCGGAGUAGGCGGGUCAAGCAGAGCGCGGUGAUGGCGCGGACUUUAUAAAGGAAUAUUUAACCACCGGCCAGAGGCACUUAAACAUCCCGUGAAGCAUUACCGAACUGCAUUCCGCCGCAUCUACCCUCCUGUCAGUCGCCCGCUGGUGUUUCUGUAACGGGAGGCUCGCACGCGUUCCCACAUCAAGAAGCACAUUUGCGAGUUCUCUCUCUCUCUACUCCUCUUUCUUUACCCCGCACUCUCGGUCGAUGCUUUCGUUUUUUUAAAGUAAUUAUCCCUUGAAAGGCCAAAGCCUUUGCUUAACAUUGUCCCUUUGCACCAUAAUGAAAAGCGUUUUGCUUCGAACUUCCUCAGUGGGCUGGAGCGAUAGGAAGGAUUGCUGAGGCGCAGAGCAGCCCCGACUCUCGCCGAAUCGUUUCCCCUCUAUCUCUCUUUGGAUGUUGUGGAGUUUGUUGGUCUUGUCCAAGUGUGAACUAAUUCACUCCGAUCGACGUGAAAUUAGGUUUUCAAAUAUGUUGGCAGUUCUAGGGACAUAUUCGCUGAUUCAGCAACAUAUUUGAAGAUGCUGAAUUGAACUUUGUCCAAUGUUCUGAAUCGCGGUGCUCCAGUGGAUGUGAGGGAAUGCAGAUUCCCCGGUCAUCCCAGAGGAGGAGUGAGCUCGCGUGUAGGAACCCCUUCCACUACUGAUCCCAUUCCUCUACCACUCCCCCUCCCUCCACCCACCCCUCUCUCCAUCAAUCCCUCCCUCCACCCCUCCCUCCCUCCACUUCCCCCUCCCUCCACCCCUCCCUUCUUUCCUCCCUCCACCCUUACCUCCUUCCACCCCUCCCUUCCUUCCUCCCUCCACCCUACCUCCCUCCACCCCUCCCUCACUCCCUCCCUCCUUCCCUCGCUCCCUCAAUCUCUGAUGGCUCUAUGGGGCUUCCUCAGUGUCAGCCUGCACUGCUGGGUCUGGCUCUGGGCCGGGGCCCCUAUCUCGACCAGCUUGCCCCACGACCGCCCCGGAGGGCCCCUGGACUGGCUGCUGUCCGACAAGGGCCCCUUCCACCACUCCCAGGAGUACACAGACUUCGUUGAGAGGAACCGGCAGGGCUUCUCCACCCGCUACAAGAUAUACCGAGAGUUUGGGAGAUGGAAGGUGAACAACCUGGCUGUGGAGAGGAGAGACUUCCUGGAGUCGCCGUUGCCCCUGACACCAGAGUUCAUCCGUAACAUCCGUCUCCUGGGUCGGAGACCCACCACCCAACUCAUCACUGACAACCUGAUCAGGAAGUAUGGGACACACUUCCUGCUGUCGGCCACGCUGGGAGGGGAAGAGGCCUUAACGAUAUUUGUGGACAAGAGAAAGCUGAGUAAGAAGGCGGAUGUGAGCGAAUACUCUGGCUCUGGCAACUCGUCCAGCGUAACUCUGGAGGCUCUGCACCAGCUGGCUGCCUCCUACUUCAUAGACAGAGAGAGCACCCUGCGCAAGCUGCACCACAUCCAGAUAGCAUCCACAGCCAUUAAGGUAACAGAGACCCGGACAGGCCCUCUCGGAUGCAGUAACUAUGACAACCUUGAUUCUGUCAGCUCUGUUCUGGUUCAGAGUCCGGAAAACAAAGUCCACUUGCAAGGCCUGCAGGUUAUCCUGCCAGACUACCUGAGGGACAGUUUUGUCCAGGCUGCUCUAAGCUACAUUGCCUGUAAUGGGGAGGGGGGCUUCGUCUGUAAGGACAAUGACUGCUGGUGCAAGUGUGACACCAAGUUCCCAGAAUGCAACUGUCCCUACAUGGACAUCCAAGCCAUGGAGGACAGUCUACAGAGGAUCACUGAGACCUGGGGGACACUCUACAAGGAGUUUGAGGAUUCAGAUGAGUUCAAGACCUUCCUUAUGAGGCUCCCGCAGAACUUCUUCCUGAACGUGUCGACUAUCCAGCACCUUUGGUCGUUGGAUGGCGUGUUCCAGUGGCGCUACGAGCAGCUGGAGAACAGCAUGAGUGUGCUCUUCAGACGAGCCCAGAGAGUGGUGUUCAAGCUCUUCAGCCUCAGCAAGAGGUGCCAGAGGCAGCCUCACAUCCGCCUACCCAGAGAAUGGCCCCAAUCCUACUGGCUGAUACACUUCCAGUCUCUCCUCUACUGUUCUGAGAACAACCAGCUGGGUUCCUUCUCUGAGGAGCUCCACAGCUGUACCUGCAGCUACGAGCACAGCCCAUGCCAGCUGCCCCCACCAUGUGCCAUCGGAGAGGGUCCCGCCUGCGCAGCCUGUGCUCCAGACAACCACACACGAUGUGGGAGCUGCAACCCUGGCUAUGCCCUAACCCAGGGGGCCUGCAGACCCAUGGUGGCUGACUCAACAGAGAACUACCUGGGCUUUGAGACAGACCUACAGGACCUGGAGCUGAGAUACCUCCUGCAGAGGGCCGACCGUAGGCUGGAGGUCCACGCCAUCUUCAUCAGCAAUGACAUGCGUCUGAACAGCUGGUUUGACCCAUCCUGGAGGAAGAGGAUGCUGCUGACGCUGAAAAGCAACAAGUACAAGUCCAACCUGGUCCACAUGCUGCUGGGCGUGUCUCUCCAGAUCUGCCUGACCAAGAACAGCACACUGGAGCCUGUCCUCACCCUCUACAUCAACCCCUUCGGAGGCAGCCACUCUGAGAGCUGGUACAUUCCAGUCAGUGAGAACAGCUUCCCAGACUGGACGGCCACCAAACUGGAUCUACCCCUGGAGUGCUUCAACUGGACCCUGACACUGGGCAACAAGUGGAAGACCUUCUUUGAGACCAUCCACAUCUACCUGCGGAGCCGGAUAAAGAUGCAGGGCGCUGGAGGUCCGGCGGGGGCUGUGAACGACAGCCUCUACUAUGAGCCAUUAGAAAUGGUUGACCCUUCACGGAACCUGGGCUACAUGAAGAUCAACAGCAUCCAAGUAUUUGGCUACAGCAUGCACUUUGACCCGGAAGCAAUCCAUGACCUGAUCCUGCAGCUGGACUACCCAUACACCCAGGGGUCCCAGGACACGGCUCUGCUGCAGCUGCUGGAGAUCAGGGACCGGGUCAACAGACUGUCCCCCCCAGGUCAGCAGAGACUAGACCUGUUCGCAUGUCUGCUCAGACACCGGCUCAAACUGACAGCCAGUGAGGUGGUCCGCAUACACGCCUCCCUGCAGGCCUUCAGCAACCGCCUGCCAAACUCUCUGGAUUACGAGACCACCAAGCUGUGUAGUUAACAGCUACUAUGGAAUGACUGGGAGACGUUAAAGCUCAACGGCUACAAGGGGAGCUAUUGGACGGCUAAAUGCUAUACUGCUACAGUAGUUUGACUUUCAAUGGUUUGUUGAUUCUCUGGAUUACAAGACCUUAAAUGUAUGUACUUAACCGUUACAGAGACACAAUAAGGACAUGUGAAUUGUGUCUUUUGGCUUUCAGUUGGGUUGUGACUCAAUGACUUGUAAAUGGUUGAGAGAUGCUGGAAGCUGGUGCUUUUUUUGUCCACAGAAGACACACAAAAAAUCUGACACCAUAAACAAAAACAGAUCUAGAAAAUCAGAUAUGUAACUCUCUCCACAUCCACUUCACCAUCUUGUUUAAAUACAACCCUGCUCAUUUAUACAGUGUAUACUGAAGCCAACUGGAGGGACCUUUUAAGAUACAUGGUACAGUCUGUUUAUUUCUAACUCUUUUAUAUGUUAUUUUGCUUCAGUGACAGUGUACUUCCCAUAACGACCAGAAUACAGUGGUAUCAGUCAGAUUUGUAGAUAACUUGUUAUUAAAACAUGGAUUAACAACU